UUUCCAUUGGUCACGUGUCUGCACUCCAGUCGGUCAUUGUCAUGUCAACGGUAAACAGAGGAGGAGGUGAGUUGAAGAGGCAGAAGCAGUCCGUUGGUUUACUUUGUAGUUUACAGGAGCCAAGAGAAACGACUAGCUAAACAUGUCGGAUGUUGGAUCAGAGGAUUUUGAUGAGGAUCAGAGUUACCUUGGMGAAUAUGAAGGGGACCGAAAUGAAGCUGGAGAGAGACAUGGGGUCGGGAGAGCUGUCCUACCCAAUGGAGACACUUACCAAGGAAUGUAUGAAAACGGGAAAAGGUCUGGCCAGGGGACAUACCGAUUUAAGAAUGGGGCCAGGUACAUUGGAGAAUAUUACCAGAACUUGAAGCACGGACAGGGUAUCUUCUACUACCCAGAUGGAUCCAAAUAUGAAGGCAGCUGGGUUAAUGACCAGCGCCAGGGCCAUGGCCUCUACACAUACCCCAACCAAGACACAUAUGAAGGAGAGUGGUUACACCAUCAAAGAAAUGGACAAGGUAUAUACCACUACAACGACACAGGUUCCAGGUACAUGGGCACGUGGGUGAUGGGCAAGAUAGAGUCAGCAGGAGAAUUCAUCCACCUGAACCACAGAUACCAGGGCAACUUCCUCAACAACAAUCCAUUUGUGUUUCAGCCCUCAGGCCCAGGGAAGUAUGUGUUUGAGAUUGGCUGUGAGCAGCAUGGAGAAUACCUACAGGUGGAUCAGCCUGCAUCAGAUGAGGAGAAUGGUAAACAUGGGAAAGCCCAGAAGUCCAGGUCUCCCUACCCUGGCCAUGGGGAGGGCUAUUUCUCCAUAGGGGCUUCAGGAGAGGAGGACAGAGGGGAUGCCGAGGAGGAUGAGAUAGUAUCCACCAUGGCCCUGAAGUGGAAGCCCAAYGCUGUCACGGGCCUGUCCCUCUGGACCCCAGCCAAAGAUCCAUCCUCGGACGGAGAAGGACUGGCCUCCGCAGACGAGAAAGGGGGAUCCAAACCUCCCACUCCAGAGACCUGAGACCUUGCCAGAUUCACAGCUUACGCACAGCAAACACACAUUUCAAUAAUAAAGACGUCUCUCUCAUAA